AGGGAAGCAGAGGACAGUUUGGAGAAGUGCUGCGGUGAGCUAAGAAGUCCAAGACCCUAGAUGCAGUUUUGCUGUGGAAUAAUUAACCCUGUAAUUAGCUUUCUAUAAUGGGGACCCUGACACACACUUAAUUAUAGCAUCACUAAGGAGCAAUGAAGUCAAGUAUGAUAUUCCUAGAUACACCCUAUCUACCCUCUCAUUGGCUGGAAAGCUGUUGGGCCUGAUUGUGAAGUGCUCUAGUCAGAAGUCUUUCAAAUAUCAAAGCAGAUAAAUAGCAGGUCCUUCUACUCAGUCAGCAAUGGACUGCUGCCUAUUUGAACUUCAGAAAUACAAAUUGAAACUGCUUCAAAGUCCCUUUGGCACGCAAGCAAACUAUUACAGGAAAGAUUCUUUCUUGCUCUCGAUUUUAUCUCCAAGAAACCCUGCUUUGGAAACACGUUCCUGUGGACUAUUUUUUGGUGCACCUGUCUCAGAAAGAAUAUGGCUUGUUGGGCACUGCAAAUCACAGGCCUAAUACUUGGAGGCAUUGGCAUGAUUGGGACUUUUGCAAUCACUGCCAUGCCUCAGUGGAGAGUGUCUGCUUUCAUUGAAGGUAAUAUUGUGGUGUUUGAGAACAUUUGGGAAGGACUAUGGAUGAAUUGCAUCUAUCAAGUCAACAUCAAGAUGCAGUGUAAAUUCUAUGACACCGUACUGGCACUCCCACCUAUUUUAGAAGUAUCCAGAGGUCUGAUGUGUUUUGCUGUGAUGCUGUCCGUUAUUGCCUUUCUGACAGCCAUUAUUGGCAUGAAGUGCACUGUGUGUGUUGGGGAUAACAAGCAAGUCAGGAGUAACAUUCUGCUGGCAGCUGGGAUCAUUUUUAUCCUAACUGGGAUUCUAAUUUUGAUACCUGUAUCUUGGACUGCCAGCAACAUCAUUGGAGACUUCUAUAAUCCAGCAGUUCAUGCAGGAUUGAAACGAGACCUGGGAGCUGCCCUCUACUUAGGUUGGCUGAGCUCAGCAUUUCUCAUGAUUGGAGGAGCAAUAUUUUGUAGCUUUUAUAGCUGUGCUGACAAACCCAGAACAUGGAGGUAUUCAUCACAUUCCUGCCAUAGACCGCACAAGUUUGAGGAUGUGGAAAUGAAAUCUACAACCAAGCAUGCUUAUGUCUAG